UUGUUAGAAUAAUCAAUUUACAAGUUUGAUGCUUAAUGGAGCAGCGUAACGGAGAACGAUGGGGAAACCCGCCGGAAUUUCACCGGAACUUUCCCGGCGACGGCAAUCACUUCAAUCGCCGGCGGAACCCUAAUUCCGACCCGAAUUUCAGUGGUUCUGUACCUUUUCCGGGUCGUAAGAGACCUUUCGAUCAACUAAACUCUGACUCUCAGGAUUGUGGCGGUUUUGUGAAACUCUAUGUUCUAGGAAUUCCAAGGCCCGCGGAAGAAGAAGAUGUUCGCUCUGUUUUUGCUGAACAUGGACAUAUUGUUGAGGUUGUGCGUCUCAUGGAUAAGUCCACUGGUUUUAGGAAAGAAUGCUGUUUUGUGAAGUAUAGAACGCUAGAUGAAGCUAAUAGGGCUAUUGGAGCAUUCCAUGGUCGAUAUAUUUUUCCUGGGGGUGAGGUUCCCUUAACAAUUAGGUACGCUGACGGGGAACGAGAUCGUCUUGGAAUCUUGGCUGAACACACUCACAAACUUUAUGUUCGUGGUCUGAGGAAACAAGCUUCCAAAGGAGAAAUUGAGCAUGUAUUUUCACCAUAUGGGUUUAUUGAAGAUGUCUUCUUUAUCCUUGAUGAACAAAGACGGCCCCGUGGAAAUGCUUUUAUCAAGUUUGCUUGUAGAGACAUGGCAGUUGCGGCAAUGAAUGCACUAAAUGGCGCCUAUGUAAUUAAUAUAUGUGAACACCCAUUGAUUGUUCGAUUUGCGGAUCCUAAGAAGCCCAAGUUGGGAGAGUCAAGGCCACCAUCCCAUACGAAUGAGCAUUUUAAUGGGUAUAUGGCAGCUAACCAGUCUAACCAGCACAGUCCAAAUGAGACUCCAAAUAACAGAACCAAUCCUCAGGCAGUUUUCAGCCCUCAUGUUGGAUCAGAUAAUGUUUUGCCAUCAGCUGAAUCUUCUGUCAAUGCAAGACCUUUAAAUGCUGAGAUGGUGGAGUCUAUAGAUUGUGAAUGGAGUGAACAUAUCUGCCCUGACGGAUUCUUAUAUUAUUUUAACUGUGUGACGUGUGAAAGCAGGUGGGAGAAGCCAGAGGAGCUUGCACUUUAUGAAAAGAAAUUAGAAAAGCUAGAUCUCCAGCAACAGGAUCAGCACAAUUUAAGACCUCGAGUCUGUACUACUCCAGAAGUUUCUCAAAUGCGUCAGUGCUUGAGUGGCGCGACAUAGCCAGUGAGGAUUGUAUGGUCGACACCUAUUUGCUUGGGACUGACGCAUAGUUGUAUAAUUGUCCGGGCUGAUAGUAAUUCACAUGGUAUAUUUGCUUGGGAUUAAGGCAUAGUUGUACAAUUGUUCGAGUUGAUAGUAAUUCACAUGGUGCAUCGAAAUGGAUUAUCAAGCCAUGAAGUACAUUACUCUAAUUUUAUAGUAAGUGCUCAAUCGAAAAGGUUGGAAUUUCUAUGGUAAUGGUUGCAAGAAGUGUAAUUAAAGGUGAUAAACUGCGGUUAAUUUUCAAUUCUGACCCAUCACUAAAGUAUGAUUAGACUACUGUAAAUAAUUACUGACAUUCGGUGUUUACACAAAUCAAUAUAUGUAUAUCCUCUAUUUUGUGUAUAAACUUUUAUAACUUAAUCAUGGUUAAUUGAUAUAUG